GUAUCGUCGCUGUCAUCCUGGAGAGUUCACUUGUGCUGAUGGAAGAUGCCUGUUAAACUCCCAGUGGCAAUGUGAUGGGGAUUUUGACUGCCCAGACCAUUCUGAUGAAGCACCUAUAAACAAAAAGUGCAGAAGUUCAGAGCAGUCAUGUAACAGCUCUUCCUUCAUGUGCAAAAAUGGCAAGUGCAUUCCGCAGAGUAACGUUUGUAAUAACAAAGAUGAUUGUAGCGAUGGCUCUGAUGAGAAAAGCUGCCACAUUAAUGAGUGCCUCAGUAAGAAAGUUAGUGGCUGCUCGCAGGAUUGUCAGGAUCUUCCUGUUGGAUACAAGUGCAAAUGCUGGCCUGGAUUCCAGCUGAAGGAUGAUGGCAAAACAUGUACAGAUAUUGACGAAUGUUCAUCUGGAUUUCCCUGUAGCCAGCAAUGCAUCAAUACAUAUGGAACGUACAAGUGCUUGUGUGCUGAUGGGUAUGAAAUACAGCCUGAUAACCUAAAUGGCUGCAAAUCCCUUUCAGAUGAGGAACCUUUCUUAAUUCUGGCUGAUCAUCAUGAAAUAAGAAAAAUUAGCACUGAUGGAUCCAACUACACUUUGUUGAAACAGGGACUAAACAAUGUGAUUGCAAUAGACUUUGACUAUAGAGAAGAGUUCAUCUACUGGAUUGAUUCCAGCAGACCAAAUGGAAGUAGAAUAAACAGAAUGUGUUUGAAUGGAAGUGACAUCAAGGUAGUCCACAAUACAGCUGUUCCCAAUGCACUGGCUGUCGAUUGGAUUGGAAAGAAUCUAUAUUGGUCUGAUACUGAAAAGAGAAUUAUUGAAGUAUCUAAAGUGAAUGGCUUAUACCCUACUGUCCUUGUGAGCAAAAGAGUGAAGUUUCCUAGAGAUCUCUCCUUAGAUCCACAAGCUGGGUAUGAAGCAACUGAUUAG